AUGAAGAAGAAGAAGAAGGAGCAGAAGAAUAAAAACAAGAAGAAGAAAAAAGAAGACUCGCACACGACCAACGGCUGUGUGGAGCCACCGAAAACACCAACCUUGCGUCGUCAGGUGCGAAAGCGGAAACCACCUCUGUGGAUUCAGCUGAAUCAUAAACCGGCUCUUAUCAUGUGCAUAGAUUUGGAAGUUAGGCCGCCGGGCCCUGGAGGAGCGGGAGGAGCGGCGCCGUCGCCCGCUGGGCCCUGCUCCCAACGGGGCGUCCCCGGGCCGCCGCUGCCGCCCCCGCGGCCGCCCGCCACAACUCGUCCUCGUCCGGGCCUGGCCGCAAGCCCAUCGUCAUCCACGCCAAUUACUCCAUCUCAUAUCACGAAUUCGAAGCAAUUUGGCCCCAUACAAAAAGAGAAUGAAGGCGAAGAGGAGAAUGAAGGCGAAGAGGAGAAUGAAGGCGAAGAGGAGAAUGAAGGCGAAGAGGAGAAUGGCAGUAACCAAGAGAAAGAGGAACAUGAUUAUGAUAAUGAAGAGGAAAAUAAUGGAAAGAAAGAGAAAGAAGGGAAGAGAAGAAAUAUAAUAAAUAAUAGAAUCACAGAGUAUUGGAAACAAUUUUCGGCUCAUCACCCCCACUUACGAAGCCAGGGAAGCCAUGUGUCUCCUGCGGCCGUCGCCCCGUCCUCCGCCCCGGCCCGUCGGGCGCUGCUCCGGGGCGCUGACGUGGUGUCAGGUGCGAAUGUCCAGCCCAUCCAUCAAACGGACCUCUUCCUUUCAGCAGACGACGAGCGCGAUGAUCGGCAGCAAAGCCCGAGCCACACACAGACGCGCGGCGGGCAGCUGGACUUAAAGCGCACUCUGCAGACGGUGGGGAAGGCGCGUCCUUCCUUCUCGGACCGCAGCCAGCUCAAGUACGCGCGCCGCCUGGUGGUGAAGCUGGGCAGCGCCGUCAUCACCCGCGAGGACGAGCACGGCUUGGCGCUGGGCCGGCUCGCCUCCAUUGUGGAGCAGGUGGCGGAGUGCCAGAUCGAGGGCCGCGAGUGCAUCAUGGUGACGAGCGGCGCCGUGGCGUUCGGCAAGCAGAAGCUCACGCAGGAGCUGCUCAUGUCGCUCAGCAUGCGCGAGACCCUCUCGCCCAAGGACCACACGCGCGAGGAUGCGGGAACCCUGCUGGAGCCUCGCGCCGCCGCUGCCGUUGGCAUGCCUGGGCUCAUGUCGCUGUACGACGCCAUGUUCGCGCAAUACGGCGUGAAACUAGCGCAGGUUCUUGUGACGAAGCCCGACUUCUACAACGAGGAGACACGCAGAAAUCUUUUCAGCACCCUCUCUGAACUCAUCAGUUUGAACAUUGUGCCGAUCAUCAAUACAAACGACGCAGUUUCCCCUCCUCCGCAAGCAGACGAAGAUCUGGCUGGCGUAGGUUCCAAAAAGGUUAUUAGCAUCAAGGACAACGACAGUCUGGCGGCCAUGUUGGCUGCGGAGGUCCAGGCUGAUCUCCUUAUCCUCAUGUCGGACGUGGACGGCAUGUACACGAAGCCCCCGUCCCAGGAAGGCGCUCGUCUAAUCCCCACCUACACCCCCGACUUGGGAGAGACCAUCAAGUUCGGCCAAAAGUCGCGCGUUGGUACUGGCGGCAUGGACUCCAAGGUUAAAGCAGCAACAUGGGCCUUAGAUCAUGGAGUAUGCGUUGUCAUUUGCAAUGGCAUGCAAGAAAAGGCUAUCAAGACCAUUCUUGAAGGAAGAAAGAUAGGAACAUUCUUCACGGAUGCCAGUCCGGCACGCGAAGCUACACCUGUAGAUAUUUUGGCAGAAAAUGUGGAUUCUACGUUAUCUUAUGCAGGUUACUUAGGCAUUGGGUAA